UCGACAUGCACUAUAUAUGUGUAUAUCUUUCUUUGGAUAUUGGUCUUUAACAAACUGUACUAUUUUUAUAAUUCUCAGCCUUUUUAUGAUUACAAAGAAAAUCUUUUUAGCAUCCAGGUCAAAUGUGAUGACUUUAAAUAAGACUGAUAUUUACUUUGAAAAUAUGUUUCUCUGCUAUCCACUCCUGCCAAACUCUUGUCCGAAACUGCAUCGUCUUACUGUUGUUAAAGUGGCGAUAUAUAUUUUCAUGGUGCUGAUGAUCCUCACAACAGUUUUUGGGAACCUGCUGAUCAUCAUCUCCAUCUCUCACUUCAAACAGCUUCAGUCUCCAACUCAUCUGAUCGUUCGCUCUCUGGCUGCCAGCGACUGUCUGCUGGGUUCUUUGGUCAUGCCGUACAGUAUGGUGCGAUCUGUUGAAGGCUGCUGGUAUCUGGGAGAUGUUGUAUGUACAGUGCAUUCUAGUUUAGACAUGAGCUUCUGUAUCUCCUCCUUACUGCAUCUCAGUUUAGUAUCUGUCGACAGGUACAUGGCCAUUUGUGACCCACUAAGAUACAGAAUGAGGGUCACAAACAACACUGUGACUGCAUUUAUUACCUUCAUAUGGCUGUUUUCAAUUUUUUAUAGUUUUUUUAUUGUGUUUUCAGGUGUAAACAAAAUCGGCUUGGAGUCGUUCAUCAUGCAGGUUUACUGUGUGGGAAGUUGUGUUUUGUUUUUUAACAAACAGUGGGGUAUAAUAUGUCCAAUUCUCACAUUUUUCCUUCCCGGGACGAUUAUGAGCUCUCUGUAUAUGAAAAUCUUCUAUGUUGCACAAAAACAUGCAAAGGUUAUGUCAGAAAGAGUGACUGUGAUGGCAGCAGUAGAGCUGAAGAGCCAAAGCUCUGUUCACAGAGAGAGAAAAGCAGCUAAAACUCUGGCCAUUGUCAUGGGUGUUUUUUUGUUCUGCUGGCUGCCUAUUUUUAUUGCUACUAUCAUCGACUCUUUUCUUAAUUUUGUUACUCCAGCCAGUGUCUUUGAUGCUUUGGUUUGGUUUGGAUAUUUUAACUCCACUUGUAACCCAUUGAUCUAUGGUUUUUUCUACUCUCGCUUUCAGAAGGCCUUCAAAAUACUCAUAUCGUCCUGUAUUUAUGGCUUCAGUGACUCAAUCACCUUAACUUUUGAGUGAAUGUUAUUUUUAUAUCAGGUUAUCAUGCUUUGCAUCACAAUUAAAAUUUCUUCCUUUUAUUAAACUAUGCUUUUAUUGACUAGUUCAUGCAUGCUGAAAUAAUUUACCAUAUAAUAUUUUGGACAAUAUGACAAAAUAUUAAUAAGAUUUUUACAACUAUUGAAAUAAACUGUGUUCUAUAUCUUAUAAGAACCUCCUAAAUUUAAUGAAAGUUGUGAUGUUAUUCUUUAUUAUUCCAUAUAAGUGGAAAUUAUAAAUGCAACAGAUACUUCUAACUUAAAUGCAGGGCAAGGUUAUACAUCAGCAUAAGCUAAUUUAGAAAUGAAGUAGAGAAGACAUAAAAUGAUAUGUGAUGUUCAGAUGCAAAAAUAUU